AUGGAGAUACUACCGUCAUAUGAGGAUGCGAUAAGUAAUCCGGACUGGCUGGAUCUAGUGGCCGAUUACAUCCCUGUGAUUUAUUGGUCCCGGUGCUGUCUGGUCGAUCACCGGUUUUAUCGCCGGUUUGCGCCCCGUCUUUGGCAAGAUCCGUUGGUGACUAUCAGACGCCUUGGACUGCAUCCGAAUGAUGACUUAGCAUGGUAUCGUCGUUUUAUAAAUAAACACAUCAAGGCCGCUAGACUUCAGACUCGGUCUUAUGUUCGCUCUUUGGACUUUCGGAAUUUCGCAUCGCGGGCAUCUGGACUCUAUUCCUCAGAAGCAAGCGAACGAGCCAUCUCAGAAAGUUUCAAGCAGCUACCUCAAAUAUUCCCGGGGCUCAUAUGCCUACUCGUGGACGGACAUCCAGAACUGAAUCCGGAAUCCUUGGCUACCACUACCGGCACGUCUGAGUCUUUACAGCUACUUGAUCUAGCUCGCUGUCGCCAUGAACUCACGCCAAGGCUCUUUAAAUCCGGCUUAUUCAGGGGCCUGGUGUAUUUGGAUAUCUCCUAUAUACCUGGGUCCGUGAAAACUGCACUUCAGUCGUCUCUCAACCCCAAAUUAUUACCCGAACUCCGCGUAUUGAGGGUGGCUGGCCGGGAGAUGGACAAUGCGACCGCCACCCUACUAUUCCAAACCUUUCGGCGCCAGUUAUGGAGCCUCGACCUGAGCUACAAUAAGCUAGGAGACGAAAUCCUUGACGAGAUUGUCGAACGCUGCGUCUCUCUUUUCGACUUCCACACAGACGCGCAUUUCGGAAAAGAAGGAAAGUUGAUCAAACCGAAGAACAUCGGGAGCCGAAAGUAUGGGCCUUUCCAGUUCGUCGUGGAAUCGGAGUACAGUUGCGGCCCGCACAACUUGGAGAGAUAUCUUGCCGAUUCUCCGUUUUACUCUCAGCGAGCUGACGAGACAGAGCUGCAGGAAUGGCAAGCUGUUCGCCCCGAUGGCCUUUCUCCGCCUAGGCGCGACGACGCGAAUACGGCAAAGGAGUCGUUGCUUGACGAGGCAAUGUCGAGCACAGCCAAGAGGUAUAGUUUCAGGGGGCAACCUGGCCUGCGAGAAGGCGGUUUGACACACUUGUACUUGAAUGGGAAUAAGUUCACGGUGUCAGGCAUUGAAAGGCUUCUGAGAACGUCCCGUGGGCGACUCGAGCACUUCGAAUGCGAUUCGUGCCUAUGCACUCCAGCCAAUUCCAAAGACGUGAAGAUUCUAGGCUUUCCGGGUUCCGCGCCCCUAUUUCGGCCACUCAUCUCGUCAGCAAUCCGGUCUUUACGAGUCCAUCAUUCCCUCGUAACUCAAGUCCCGUCCGUCUCUAUAGAACAGUAUUCAUCCGCAUCCACGGCGCGACUUGCGGAAGAACAUAUGUUUCGGAACAUCCAACGUUCUUAUCCCUUAGCUUUUACACCUGACACCAACCCGCGCAUCACUUCAUUAACGCUCACGAGAAUCCCCGCCCGAUCAACGGGCCCGGUAAUCGAUCGACUCAUCCAGUUUUUACAACUUGCAUCAGCGCAACAGAAAGCUAUCAAGAACGCCCAAGCGUUAUUCCGCGGACGUGGCUCUUCGGUUUUAAGGGGCCUUCGACAUAUACGCCUCGAGCUGGAGCCAGAAUUUUCCGAAAGAGUAGACGUCAUCUCGACGAGCGGUGAUAUUGACUUUGACAAACUCCUCGACCCAGCCGACGACGACUUCAGCCAAGAUACGACAAGCUUUUUCGACAACGAAGAUGUAUCAUUCGGAAUCACAUCUAGAAGUAGUAAAACUGGCGCGAAGCCACACGAACCAACCCCUGACACCAAGGAAUAUGCGAAAUGGACUUCAGGUCGAUUAAAGUCAUAUCCCUAUUCAGAAAUCGACUCCGAAUACAUGACCCAGUUCGUCGACGCGACUCAAUCGUGGUCCGGCAACGUUUAUUCGGCCCCGGUAUGGAUCGGACCAGGAGUCAUCACACCACACGCCGCGGUUAACGAAUACAUGUGGAAUCUGCAAGACCCAAACCUCCGCAAUGACAUUGGGCCCGUGACUCCCAACCACGUCGCUGCCGGGGUACCGCCACUAACUUACAUAUUCCACGCAGCGUGGGAGGCUAUGAUCAUGCCUAGGAACAACACCAUUCGAGAGGCAGCGAAGAGCUCCACUCGAUUUAAGGAUGUGGCUACGGCUAUAAAGGAGUAUCGUGUUCGGACUAGAGGCACGGACGAUCAUUGGGAUGGCAAGCUAGAACUGGUGCGGGCGGGAUAGUAUGUAGGGACGUUCGUGCACAAGAACUGCUCUCAAGGCUAUUUUUCUUCUGACAUCCUACAGCCCUUAGGUGUACAUCCAUGUGUAGGCACGUAGGAAAUACGAAUACAACUUCUUGCCAUACGCUCCAACAUUUCAAUAUUUUAAUCCCCCAACACCAGCCCCCUAAGCCAUCUUCCCCAACACAUAAGGAU